GAACAUACGCCAAAACAAGCAUCAGCUGUGUUUGCUAUUGGUUGGCAGAUUUAUUUAUUUCGCCUCAAUUAGAAUUAAAGCUAAUAUUACAGCCUAAAAUUGAAUAAUUCUGCGAUUUGUUAGUGUUGAGCGGAGCAUUUUUAACAUAAUUAACAAAUACAAUGUAUACUCUAUUGCACGGCUUCUACAAGUACCUCACACAAAAGGAGGAAUACUGUGUAGUAAUUUUGGGACUGGACAAUGCUGGCAAAACGACUUAUCUGGAGGCAGCGAAAACUAAAUUUACAAAAAACUACAAGGGUAUGAAUCCGACGAAGAUCACAACAACGGUAGGCUUGAAUAUUGGCACAAUAGACGUAGCAGGUGUGCGAUUGAAUUUCUGGGACUUAGGAGGCCAGCAAGAGUUGCAAUCACUAUGGGAUAAAUACUACCAGGAAUCGCAUGGUGUAAUUUAUGUGAUAGACUCGAAUGAUCGCGAACGCAUGGAUGAAUCGAAGGCGAUUUUUGAUAAAAUGAUCAAAAACGAAUUGCUCUCAGGGGUGCCACUACUAAUUUUAGCCAAUAAGCAGGAUCUGCCCGAUGUAAUGGGCGUGCGCGAUAUCAAACCUGUUUUCCAACAAUCUGGCGCGUUAAUCGGACGUCGCGAUUGUUUGACAAUGCCAGUGUCAGCGCUCACAGGUGAAGGCGUCGAUGAAGGUAUUAAAUGGUUGGUUGAAGCAAUCAAGCGACAUUCCAUAGUGAGACCGCCACGCGAGAACGAUUGAUCGAGCGCUUAGUAUUUUGUAUGCAGCUGUUACAAUGGAAAAUAUGAAACUGUAAAUUGUGCAUAUUUGUGCAAAUUUGUAUGUGCAAAUUUUUAUAAUAAGUAUUUACAAGUAUACCAUAUA